AUGUUUAAGUCGUCGCUGUCAUCGUUAAUAAAAAUUUCUAUCAUUUUUACAUUAUUGGGAAGCUGGUGUUGCUUAUCGACGCGUGCCGAAGACAUUUUGUUAAAAUGUGACGAAACCGAUUUGUUGGAUAGUCUAUUUUGCACGGUAUCCGGUUUUCAGGUGUCGCAUAGUCAAAACGUAAAGAUACCGAAUCAAACGAAAGCAAAUUUAAAACGUUUCAUGAAAUUCUAUAAUUCCGUAUUGUUAUACAUUCCGGCUAAAUUAUUCGAUGUCUUCAGCAGCUUAACAAAUUUCGAUGCUUCAUAUACGGAAAUUGAAGAUAUUCCACGCAAUACAUUUUCAUCAGCGAAUAGCUUAGUUACACUUAAUCUGAGCAAUAAUAAAUUGGAAAAGAUAACAACAUCGGUAUUCGUUGGUGCACAUAAUUUGAUGCGUUUGGAUUUAAGUUAUAAUUGCUUGCAUACCCUAACGAAUUUAACAUUUACCGGUUUAAAUGAAUUGAGUCGGGUAGUGUUGGCGAAUAAUCGUUUAAAAGUUUUACCCAAAGAUUUAUUUGCCGAAAAUUCAUAUUUGGACGAAGUGAAUUUGGCCAAUAAUUUAUUAGAAUUCAUUGAACCGGAAGUUUUCAAUCAUUUGGAUAAUAUACGUGAAGUAAAUUUAACUAAUAAUUUAUUGAGAAUUUUAGAUCCGAACACAUUCGCCAAUUCUUAUGCCCUGGAAGUAUUACAUGUGUCCAAUAAUCAAUUACUUGAUUUUCAUUUGGCUAAUAAAAGUGUUAGCAAAACAUUGAAUUUAUCGCAUAAUAAAUUAACUACCCUUCUUAUAAACGGUACACGUUCGAUAUAUGCCGGUCAUAAUUUUAUAAAUCAAGUGAAAGUAUUAAAUGGUCGCGAAUUGGUUGCAUUAUGGUUGCAAAAUAAUCAAAUCAAGGAUAUAACAAAUAUUACGACCGCCCUCACUAACCUAUACGAGCUGGAUUUGGGUUUUAAUCCGGUUGGUACUCCAAAUAUCUCUACUUAUCAACGUUUAGAACAUAUGACGGAAUUAUAUUUGCGUGCAACUGGUAUACAUUAUUUAACAUUUGGAAUGUUCUCGAAACUUAAAUCACUCUCUGUAUUGGAUUUAUCCUAUAAUAAUUUAACUGAAUUAAAUUUGGAAAUUUUCGUACCAAGCAAUGACAACAUGAAAUAUUUUUAUGUCGAUGCGAAUAAUUUAACCGAGAUACAGGGUAAAUAUACAUUUGCUUCGGCUUUUCCAUUUCUACAGCAAUUAGGCAUAUCGCGUAAUCGUUUCAAUUGCUCGUAUCUGCAUUGGCUAUUGAUAUCGCCACAGCUGUUGGAAACGACGCAACUUCAUAUUGAAACGGAUGAUAGCGAUGAAGAAGUAACACAUAUACGCGAUGUAACAUGUGUGAGUCAUGUAAAAGAGGAAUUGAAACGGGUCGAACAUGAUCUAUACCACUCUGAUGAAUUGAAAAAAAUUUUACAAAAAUCUUUGGAGACCAUGAGCUUACAUGCCCAGCAAAUGCAAUCGUAUCUGCUGGUCUUAAAGAUAUCGCUUGUUGUAUUAGUGUGCGUAAUAUGUAUAGUUGGCUGGCAUUACGGACGCAUUUUGAGAGCUAAAUAUCAAGUAAGACGCGGCGGUGCAAUCGUUUAUCAUUCGAAUGCAACAAUGAGUACACAAAUGGAACAAUAAUAAUAAUAAUAAUAAUAAUAAGAAAUACUCGCGCAAUACAAAGGAAACAUUCAUAAAUAAAUAAAAUUAAAUAAAAACGUAAUAAUAAAUAAUAUUUGUCACUGAAUUCAAUCGAAUGGAAUGAAAUCUAAAGUCUGUUUGCAUUGCUUUAAUUGCUUUGGUAUGCUCCGCUUCUGGUAAACCUGCCGUUUUGGCUCCUGUUGUGGCCGCUGCUGC